AGUGUAGUUACUAAAGACGAUUGAUAAGAACGCAAUACAGUCUGUCAACUAAGACAUGACCAAGGCCAAACUGAACUGAUGCAACGGAUGCAGGUGGUGUGACAGAAAUAGAAACAAAAGUCUAAUAAUAACUAGUACAAGACGACUGCGUAGUUGGGAGGCGAUAUAAUCGGACUGUACGACAGAAGUGCGGAGUUCAUAGCUAUGAUGCAACGGAUAGAACCGAUUACGAAUACAAGGCGACUGCGUGGUUGGGAGGCGAUAUAAUAGGACUGUACGACAGAAGUGAGGAGAACAGAAGUUGAAGCCUGAACUGUAGAUACGUGUUUUAAUUUGUGAGAAUAAGAUUGGAAGCCUGAACCAUUGACACGUGUAUUCUGAUGUGUGAGAACUAGUGAGGACAGUGGGGACACCCAAAGCUAACCUUGACUAAUGGAGUCAAAAUAUGACACGCAAGGUCACAGAACGACCCAGGCUCUUGCUAUUUUUAGACCAAGAUCUGGAGUGACGUCACCAAGUCAUAGCUGCCAGUUGUCUUUAAGCGAUAGCUUCGUAUCUCAGUCUACCAGUAUUGGUCACGUGACAAGAACCACGGCAACACUAGACAGUUUCAGUAGUCUGUCUUCAACGGAAACCGACCUUUGUCCAGUAACUAGUCAGGUUACACUAAAUUCUUCCCUAGUCAAAAGCAGUGAAAUUAACGAGAGCCCAACAGAAGAGAAGACAAGGAGAAGACAACCCAAACUAGCCAGACCAGUUUCUCGUUGCCCCGAGGUUGCAUUUGACCCCAGUGAGAUCUCGAACGAAAAACAACGCCUUAUUGUCUCACCAAAACAUUCAAGUUCUUUUCCUGUGUUGAAAAAAUUCUCUGUCACUACACCGUCCUACAAUGCCGUGUUGGCUUCAGAUUUACAACACAUGAUGAAUACGGUUUAUCAUAGAAAAAGCGAUAGUAUGGUGUUUCACGCUUGUCAAGUUCCACCAAACAGCACACUAGUCACUAGCAACUCUUUCUUCAAACAAAUCAGCGAGAAACUGAGAGUAAAAUCGAGAAAAGAUGGAACGGCUGCAAGUCUGAGAUCAUUUGAUCUAAACCCUAACGCCAAACACCAACACACUCAAGCAACAAUCAAUACUAGCCCAGAAUGGGACGGGAGUCGAGCAGAGCUGAACUCAGAUGUCAAGUCUAUUUUAAAACAACAUGCACAGCCACCAAACCGACCAGGUUCAAAGGCACUUUUAAUUCAAAAG